AUGUCGCGCCCACCAAUCAAUACAAAUGUGUCGUUUGACAGGGGAGGCGGGCCUCCCCGUCCGCCUCCCAAGGGCGGCAACUCGUCAAAGCACUACGAGAAUGCCGUGCCGACUUUGGGCUACGAGGAAUCCGGCUACGCCUCGGGGUCCUACUCCCAAGGCGGUGCCGACGUACGGAGAAAGAAGUCUAUGGUUCGCCCCGAGCGCGAGCGCAUCGAGCCCGGCCAUCGGUUGUAUCACUACCAGCAGCACGCGGCUGACCAGAGCGUCCGCGUGCACCCGAGUGCAACUGGCAACCAGCCGUACGCUCCUCACAGAGGAGGUGCGUCGGGCCUCCGCCGCGGCAAAUCUGUGCUCGGCCGCGAGGGCGACCAGGAGACGAACGAGUCUGGCCUCAAUCUGUUUAAGCGUGGUGCCACCAUCCGCCGCAAGGCGUCACGCGCAGCCCCACGCCCCAGGCAGGUUGCGCCUUCGGCGCCUCCGCCUCCGCCAGAGAAGCCUCGGGGCUGCUGCAGCAGCAUCGCUCCUGGCCCCGUCGACUGCUGGAUGAUCUACUGCUUCGUCAUCACCUGCUGGAUCCCUCCCUUCAUCCUCUCCGGCGUGUUCGGCAAAAAGACGCCAGAGGCCCAGCGCGCGUUCCGGGAGAAGAUGGGCAUUGUCGCUAUCUGUGCUGGUCUUAUGGCUAUUGUCGGUUUCAUCACCUUCGGCUUCACCCAGGUGGUUUGUGGGAACCAUGGACUGCGUGUCAAGGGCGGCCAGGUCAACAACGGUUCGGUUGUGAAUAACGGUUACGUCUACGACCUUGCGGACUGGAAGCACCCCGCUGUCGCCGGCAGCGAGUUCAACGGCACCAACAGCCCGAUCUGGAUGGACGAGUGGCAGGCCGGUGGCAAGGACAUGAGUUUCCUGUUCCAGAGGGUGAACCUGAAGUGUCGUGGACUUCUCACCCCGGGUCCUGCUGCGACCUCGGACAUGAAGGGCCCUGGUGACACCAUGGCGUGGUACUUCCCCUGCCGCCUCGUCGCCCAGAACAUGACUGAGCCUGUCGACAAGACUGGCGCCGAGAGUGGUACAAACUGCCACCUCUCUGUCUCAGCCCGCCAGGAGCUCGGCAAGAUGCCAGCUGAUGGUAUCGUCUACUACACUUGGGACCAGGUCGCCGUCCAGAAUCGCAACCUUGCGGUCUACAAGGGCUCCGUUCUUGACUUUGGUCUGCUUGACUAUCUCGACCCCAAUUUGGUCAAGUAUCCUUCCUUCUUCAACACCCUCAAGGGUGGCAAUGACACGUUCCAGGGGCGCGACGUCACCUCGGUGUUCGUCCGCGCGAGCUGGGAGCCGUACGGCGACUGUCUCACCGACAUCAUCCGUGUUGGCUUUGUCGACAGCAUGACCAUCGGCUGUGUGGCGUCGCAGAUCGUCCUCUACGUGUCGCUCGUGUUCAUCCUGGGCGCCGUGAUGAUCAAGUUCUUCAUGGCGCUCUACUUUGGAUGGUUCAUGAGCUGGCGCAUCGGCAACUUUGAGGGUGAGAGCUACAAGGACCGCAUGAAGCGUGCCGAGGAGAUCGAGAACUGGACCGAUGACAUCUACCGUGCAGCGCCUGGUUACAUGCGUCCCAACGCGCGCGACGGUUCGCCUCGUCCUGGCAAGAAGGGCCAUUUCCUGCCGAAGCAAUCACGUUUCAGCAAAGCGGAUACGAUGAUGGUCAGCAACUCGCGCCCAAACACUAGCUACGGCAGCCCCUUCGACACCCCCCGCCGCCAGCCGUCCAGCUUCUACGGCAACAAGCUCACACCCCCUGGCUCGCCCAUGCUGCACGGCUCGCGUUCUUCGACCUCGCUCCAGUUCCGCGCUGAAGGCUCGCGUGCUUCGCUUCAGGAGGUCUGCCCGUUCCCUCUCGUCAACGUUAUCCCCCAGCCCGCGCCUGACUUUGAGCCGUUCGGCUACCCGCUCGUCCACACCAUCUGCCUGGUGACGGCAUACUCCGAGUCCAUUGAUGGUCUGCGCACGACUAUGGACUCGCUCGCGACGACCGACUACCCCAACAGCCACAAGUUCAUUCUGGUGGUCUGUGACGGUAUGGUCCGAGGCUCUGGCUCCAAGCAGUACACUCCCGACAUUGUGCUCAGCAUGAUGAAGGACCUCGUCGUACCCGAGAACGAGGUCGAGGCCCACUCGUACGUUGCGAUCGCGGACGGCCACAAGCGUCACAACAUGGCCAAGGUCUACGCCGGGUUCUAUGCCUACGACAAUGACACGGUCGAACCAUCCAAGCAGCAGCGCGUGCCAAUUGUACUCGUCGCCAAGACGGGUAACCCUCUCGAGCGCAACGACGCCAAGCCCGGUAACCGUGGCAAGCGCGACUCGCAGAUUGUGCUCAUGGACUUCCUCCAGAAGGUCAUGUUUGACGAGCGCAUGACGACGUUCCAGUACGAGUUCUUCAACGCCAUUUGGCGCUGCACCGGUGUCUCGCCCGACAAGUACGAGACGGUGCUGUGCGUUGACGCCGACACCAAGGUCUACCCGGACUCGGUCUCGCGCAUGAACGCGUGCAUGGUCAACGACACUGAGAUCAUGGGACUCUGCGGCGAGACCAAGAUUGCCAACAAGCGCGAGACGUGGGUGACCAUGAUCCAGGUCUUCGAGUACUACAUCUCGCACCACCUGACCAAGGCUUUUGAGUCCGUGUUUGGUGGUGUCACCUGUCUUCCUGGCUGUUUCUCCAUGUAUCGCAUCAAGGCGCCCAAGGGUGCGACCGGCUACUGGGUUCCAGUCCUCAACAACCCAGACAUUGUCGAGCACUACUCGGAGAACAUUGUCGACACGCUCCACAAGAAGAACCUUCUUCUUCUCGGCGAGGACCGUUACCUUUCGACGCUCUUGCUCAAGACGUUCCCCAAACGCAAGAUGGUCUGGUGCCCACAGGCAGUGUGCAAGACGAUCGUCCCCGACACGUUCAAGAUUCUUCUCUCGCAGCGUCGUCGCUGGAUUAACUCGACCAUUCACAACUUGUUCGAGCUCAUGCUUGUCCGCGACCUCUGCGGCACUUUCUGCUUCUCCAUGCAGUUUGUCGUCUUCAUGGACCUUGUCGGCACACUGGUUCUUCCCGCUGCCAUUACGUUCACCCUCUACGUCGCUGCGCUGGCCAUCCGCUCCGCCAUCGAGCCCGAGAAGCAGCAGACGCCCACCGUCUCACUUAUUCUGCUCGCCUUCAUCCUUGGUCUCCCUGGUCUCCUCAUUGUCAUCACAUCCCGCAAGAUGGUCUACGUCGGCUGGAUGUGCAUGUACUUGCUCUCGCUCCCGGUCUGGAACUUUGUCCUCCCCGCCUACUCGUUCUGGCACAUGGACGACUUCUCUUGGGGUGAGACUCGUAAGGUCGCAGGCGAGACCAAGGAGGAAGUGGGCCACGGUGACAAGGAUGGCGAGUUUGAUUCGUCGGACAUUGUGUUGAAGCGCUGGGCCGAGUUCGAGCGUGAGCGCCGCUGGCGCGAGGGCACCCCCUCACACGACUCGGAGUACGGCGCGGCGUUGCGGUCCAACUCGCCAGGCAACAGCCGGAUCAACCACCGCCACUCGAUGGUGUCGACGUCCGAGACGUACCAGUCGGGCUUCAACACGGCCGAGUCGCAGGGCAUGCUGCGUGCCGACGCGCAGGGCUACCUGCACGGUGGGCAGUACGUCGCGAGCCCAGUUGCGGGCGAGGACAGGGAUAUGGCUUCUCUCGGUCUGCCGAGACACGGUGAGCCCUCGAUCAUCUCGUCCGAGUCUGGGUACUCUGGUGGCCGACCCAGCCGCAGCCCCGUCGACAACCGCAGUGCGAGCUACGGCGUGGGCUACUCUGAGGAGGAGCAGCCGAUGCUCUCUGGCGGCAUGUCGCAGGACCACCGCGGCGGUGUUUCUGAGGAGCACGACACGUACCGGCCUUCCCGCAGCCAGGCCGCGCCUCAGCGCGGUGUGUCGCUCGUCGACCCAGGCGUUGCACCAGUCUCGGCGGCUGACCCUGUUCGCCGAGUCGCCCGGCAGCACAAGCGCCACUCAUCGGGCCGCGGUGUGACGAGCCCCGUGUCCUCGUCCUCGCACCAAUCUAACCUUCCUCCCGGAGCUGCGCCAGCACGGUACUAG